AUGUUUGAUCAGUUGCUAAGGGACGCGGUGAGCACCGGUUUGAUUCCGGGUGCUAUUUUGUACGCGCAAAGCGCAGAUGGCGCCCUGGACUGGUCACAAGCCAUUAGCGGGUCUAGUGCGCAAUACGUCAAGGAAGCGAAACUGGAGAUUGCAUCGCUUACAAAGUUGAUCACUAUUAUCGCGACGCUUCAGCUAGUGGAAAAGGAGGUUCUGAAGCUUGACCAAAAUGUCGAGGAUCUCAUCCCAACCUUUGCACGAAUAGAGGUUCUUGAUGGUUUUGAUGCCAAUGGAUCGCCACUCCUGCACAAGCGCAGAAACUCCAUAACGGUGAAUAAGCUUCUUACACACACAUCUGGGGCCGCCUAUCCCGUCGUGGACGCCCGGCUCAAUGACUACAAGCGAUGCAAAGGUCAAGAUACGAGCGGCUCGGGUACCGUGGACGACAGCUUCGGUUUACCGCUUUCAUUCGAGCCCGGCGAGGGCUGGUCAUACGGGCCGGGCAUCGAUCGCAUGGGACAAGUCAUUGAGAAAGUCACUGGGUUGACUUUGGAACAGUACUUCCAGCAACACAUAUUUUCGCCGCUCGGGAUGGCCACUGCGAGUUUCUGGGCCCGGCCUGAUGUGCCCAUGGCUGCAUAUUCUCCAGUGGAUGGGCAGCUCUCACAUGACCAUGGGAGGCCCACGUUUACUACAGGUCUCACGGAGUGUCAUGGUGGUCAGGGCUUGGUCAUGAGUAUCCCUGACUUUGCAAAAGUCCUGCGCUCACUUUUGAUGGAUGAUGGAGUCUUGCUCAAGCCCGAGACUGCUGCCCUGAUGUUUGAGCCGCACUUGUCGUUGGGCCCCAGAACAAUGCUGUUGGACAAGAUCCAAGCCGCAGAAUGGACAGUCGGUGACAUUCCUUCCACCGGAGAGUAUAGUUGGAGUCUAGGGGGCUUAUUGAUUGAUGGCGACUCACAUGCAUUCCGGCGACGAAAUACGCUCACCUGGAGCGGCGCAGUAAAUCUAUUUUGGUUCAUCGAUCGAGCGGCAGGAGUCUAUGGUGUAUUGGGGCUGCAGAUAAUGCCGCCGUCCGACCCAAAGGUUCAGUAUCUCAUCAAAGCGUUCGAGGAAGAAGUGUACCGUAAGGCUGGCAGACUAGUGAAGUUUUAA